CUGUGGAGGGCGGUAUUACGAUUCACAGUGAAAAGGCUGCCGGAAAUUCAUUAGAAGAAGAAGAAGAGGGAAACGUAUGAGGAAGAAAAGUAUCAUAAAUAUAGUGGUGGUCUACUAAGACCAGAUCCAGGAUGGAGAGUCCGGAGCUCAGCUUCACUUUGGCCUACGUCGUCUUCUGUCUGUGCUUCGUGUUCACGCCCACCGAGUUCCGCUCGGCCGGUCUGACCGUCCAGAACCUCUUCUCGUCCUGGCUGGGCAGCGAGGACGUGGGCUUCGUCCAGUACCAUGUCCGGAGGACCAGUGUCACCGUGCUGGUCCACUCCGCACUGCCUCUAGGUUACUACAUGGGGAUGUGUAUUGCUGCUCCAGAGAAGAAGCUGGGCUACGUUCACCAGGUGAGCGACAGCUGGAGAGCGUUUCUGCUCCUAUCCCUCUGCCUCCAGCUGAUCAGCUGGACACUCGUCAUCUACUGGUCCCGCCAUCACUGGCACAACCAUCCAAUCAGCCGGGCCCUGCAGGCCCAUGUACAGCCCCCUCACUCCGGCUGGGGCUCUGUGGCAGUCAGUGUCAACACUGAGUUCAGACGCAUAGAUAAGUUUGCUACAGGGGCCCCAGGAGCCAGAGUCAUCAUCACUGACAGCUGGGUGUUAAAGGUGACCACCUAUCACGUCCACAUGGCCUUACAGAAUGAUUGUCAUGUGACAGUGACAGAGUCCAGGCAGCACCAGCUGAGUCCAGACUCGGCCUCCCCUGCACAGAUCCUGACCCUGAGAGUGGAGAGCAUCAACCCAGCUGUCAGACCCUUUUAUAUCAGGCUGCACUCUACAGAGUACGCAGAGCUCAGGGAGAAGCUCCACGCUCCCAUCAGAAACUCUGCCAACGUGGUGAUCCACCAAACCAUUAGUGAGCUUUUCCUGGAGACAUUCAGAGCUCAGGUGGACCUCAACCAGCCAUACACACUCCCUAGUGGACAGGAGAUCGAGCCCUGUAUUGGCUGCAUGCAGGUCCCAGCAAGCACCAAGCUGGUUAGACUCUGCCACACAGAAGGAGCUGAUAUCGAGUCAGAUUGCCAGGAGUGUUUCUGCAGACCCAUGUGGUGUUUGUCCUGUUUGGGUCGAUGGUUCGCUAGCCGCCAAGACCAGCAAAGACCCGAGACCUGGCUGUCCAGCAGAGUCCCCUGCCCCACCUGUAGAGCCAGAUUCUGUAUACUGGAUGUCUGUGUGGUUCGCUGAGAACACACACAAACUGAGUUUUUCCUCUGGAAAUAAAGUGGAGCUGUGUUUUUACACAACAGAGAAGUGGACUGGACUGAUCUGAGCUCAGUGAUGUACCUGCUUUUUCUCUGCUUUCAAUAAGGAGCGAUCAUGUAGAGGAAGAAUAUAUAACAUCUGGUUUGACUCUCA